AAUAAUAAACGUCCUGAGUAAUGCGUGGCUUGGGCCAGAGCAGGCGAGGCAGCCGGACUCGGACGGGCCAGGAGGAGUGGAAUGCAGAUGGUGGUGGAGGAGUGGGGAGCAGAUACGGUGCCCUCCGGUCCGUUGGGUGUCUGCCGUCAGGCCAGUUGGGAACUAUGUCCCGUCAGAUCUCACAGCUCGGUGGCUUCCGAUCAUUAAUGUCUUGGAAGCUCUCCAUGUCUACAUUGGAAGCCCAGAAAAUAUAAAAAGCUCCACAGGGCCUGCGGAUGGGGAUGGCCAUGGAGCCCUGCCCUGAAGAACAGUACUGGGAUCCCCUGCUGAACAUGUGCCUCUCUUGCAAACCCAUCUGCAGCCAUCAGAUUCCUCGUACCUGUGCAGCAUUCUGCAAGUCACUCAGUUGCCGCAAGGAGGAAGGCAGCUACUAUGACCAGCUCCUGAGGAACUGCAUCAGCUGUGCCUCCAUCUGCGGACGUCACCCCAAGCAAUGCACAUAUUUCUGUGAGAACAAGUUCAGGAGCCACGUGAACCUCCCACCAGAGCUCAGGAGACAGCGACCUGGGGAAGCUGAAACCAGGUCAGACAACUUGGGAAGGUACCAGGGAACAGAGCACAGAGGCUCGGAGGCAGGGCUGAAGCUGAGCACCGAACAGUUGGCCCUGGUCUACAGCACUCUGGGGCUCUGCCUCUGUGCCAUCAUCUGCUGCUUCAUCCUGGCGGUGGCCUGCUUCCUCAAGAGGAGAGGGGACCAAUUCUCUUGCCAGCCCUCACCAGCACCAUGCCGGACCCAGGCCAAGUCCUCCAAGGAUCACUGGAUGGAAGCGGGGAGCGCCACGGGCGCGUCGCCGCCAGAGCCGGUGGAGACGUGCAGCUUCUGCUUCCCGGAGCGCAGGCAGCCCACCCAGGAGAGCGCGGGCGCGCCCGGGACCCCCGACACGGCGCCCUCGGGCCGGCGCGGGCUCCUCGGCCUCAGCGCCCCCGCUCGGCCCUGCGCGCGCGCCCCGGACCGCGGCCUCGAGGUCCUGUGCGCCCCCGCCCAGGAGGGAGGCCCCGCUGCCUGACGACGCGGGCAGGGUCACCACCCCUGCAUACCUGCAGUGAAGUCAUCCUUGCCUGCCGGACUCAGCCCCCAGGAGCCCUUCCUUAGAAAUAAAACCUUCUCGGGCUGCCCACUCCUCCCUAUCCCUGCUUUCGGUCGUGUCUCCCCUGCGGUGACUCUGGAGGUCCCACCUCUCCCGCUCGCCUCCCUGGGCUCAAGGCUCCACCGCAGCGCAGCCGCCUGGUUUCCGAAGACCUGCGAGUUGACGGUCCCCACCAGGCUCAGGACCCGCCGAGCUCGGUGACCGGUGCCGGUGGGAGGCAGCGAGCACACACGGGACUCUGCUGUGCGCUUUCUUUUAAGAGGGAAAGCCAAAGGAUGGAGCGAAGCCAGUGUGCCUCUACAGGAGGGCUGGGCACACCUGCAUUUCUUUUCUGAAACAAAGUCCCCACUGUGCCUCCUUAGGCAUGGUGAAGCAUGGUGCAACGUGUGUGUGUGUGUGUGUGCAUCUGUGUGUGUGUGUGUGUGUAGUGGGCUAGGGGUGGACAGGAAGGUGCAGGCUGAGCCCAGGGCGCCAAGCUGCUCUGAGCCCGAGGCUCUUUGCCUGCCCCCCUCCCCAGGAGCCUUCUCAUUUGCAGGCACCUUUGGCCUCACCUAGCUACCAACCUGCACGUCUCAUGGCUUAAUAUUCUUUAUAUUAACUCCCCUUUUCUUCUAGCCCUACUUUAAUCUCAUGCUGAAUUUUAUAAGUGAUAACACUAAGAAUAUCUGAGCAUCCACACAUUUUCAAUGUUACCUAUAUUUUCUAUUUGUAGUAGCAUUGAAAUCUAUAUUUCAGUGGCACUGAAAAUGCAUAAUGAUUCUUAGAAGCAUUUACACAGUAAGAGAAAUACACAAUUGUGUAAAUUAAAAUGAUUCAUCCUGUGCCACCCAACAUUACCUUGCACAGCUACGUGCACCAGAGGUUCACAUAACACACUUUGGGAGGUGUAGACAGGGUGCCUGAUGCUCCAUCUGUCCACCCUCCAAGGGCUAACAGGCUGUCCCGGCUUCCUGAGGCAGCUGUAACAAAGUAGCACACACUGGGUAGUCUAAAGGCGAAAGUCGCUGUUCCCCACUUCUCCAGGUGUGCCAUCUGGAAUCAAGGUGCCAGCAGGAGCUGCUUCCUUCUGAAGGCCGCAAGGGAACCAUCUGUUCAGGGCCACUAUGCUUGGCCUGCAUCUUCCUCUCUGUGUCUAGAGUCAAAUUCUAUCCUUUGUACAAGGACACCAGUCAUAUGGGAUUAGGGCUCACCCCCACCCCUCAUUUAACUUGAUCACCUCAAGAUUCUAAGUCCAAAUAAGGUCACAUUCUGGGGAACUGAGGGUUAGGGCUUUAACACAUGAACUGCCGGGGGGGGGGGGGGGGG